GCUUUCUGCCUUCUCCAGACCCCUACUACCUAUCCUUACUGUUCACUCUUUCAACGGGCCCCUCGACUGUCUCUAGCCGCCUGUCCCCGCAUACCUUGUCGGAAUCCAUUUUUUUCCUGCAGAGUUUACUCCCCGCCCGCUAGACCAGACCCGCGGAAGCUACUGCUGCCGCACGAGCUUUCAUUGCGACUCGAGCUGUGACAAGCACGCCCACCACUUUCAACUUCACCCCCCCCAUCAUGGCUACGGAAGAGAACGAGAUCAAGGACGAGAUCCUGGAGCACCAGGAGGAGGCUGGUGACGAUGAGGAGGAGAUUGCGGCGAUGAAGAAGCGGGUAGCCGAAAUGGAAUCCGAAGCUGCGAAGCUCCGCGAGAUGCAAGCCACACUCGACCAACAGUCGGAGAACCUGCGGGAGGAUAAGGAAGAGAUCGACGCGCGGAGUAUCUUCGUCGGCAAUGUGGACUACGGUGCCUCCCCCGAGGAGAUCCAGGCGCACUUCCAAAGCUGCGGCUCGAUAAACCGCGUUACCAUCCUCCUGGACAAGUUUUCGGGCCAGCCCAAGGGAUACGCCUAUGUCGAAUUCUCAGAGCCGAGUCUGGUGGCUCAGGCCCUUGUUCUGAACGAGAGUGUCUUCCGCGGCCGGAACUUGAAGGUCGUUCCCAAGCGCACCAACCUGCCCGGCAUGACCCGUGGACGCGGACGGGGUGGUUUCCGAGGCGGAGGCCGGGGCUACCGUGGCGGCGGUGGUUUCCCCCGUGGAGGAUAUCGUGGCGGCUACCGUGGCCGGGGCCGUGGCUAUGCACCCUACUAAGGGCACCCGAUGCGAAAACAACGUAUACGGCGACUGCCUUGCGCAAAGUGGCCCAGCAAAGGCCGUCGGAAGAAGCAACAGCAGCGCGCCGGAGACGUCCGUGGCGGCGGCGCUGGCUGAACCCGAGAUAUACGUCUCUUAGGAAAGAAUUUCUUCGGAGUUAUGGACUGGGAUGUACUUUGUAUGAUAACCAUCCGGCAAUUUCGGACUGGGCCUGAUGGGCGGGAGAACUGAAGUCAUUUUUUGUUUCCGUGAUAGCAUACCGUCUACAGAGAAUUGCUUUACGAUCCGACUAGCCGGGGUUCUUAGUUGCUAACAGGGCGGUCAUUUGGGGCCGUUUGGGACCGUUUGGGACCACCAACGAAUGGAACUUGCUCUGGAGUGAAUAGCGCUUAAUGAAUGGCCUGAC